GGACGUGGAGAGAUUCAGUCGGCACGCGGAUUUUGGUCGUGGUUGACAAUGAAAAGGACAGAGGUGGCGGCGGUACUCGUCGCUCUUUUGUUUCUGUGUCGUUCGGGUUGCAUGGAAGAGGACACGAAGUCGUUGCUUAAAACGAUUAUUACUGGACAGGAAAAGAUGUUCCAGAUGAUAGACGAUAUGUCCAUGAUGAAAUGGGUACUCACUGGUCAGGAGAAGAUCAUUGACAAAAUGACAGAUCUACAGAACAGAGUCUCGAAAAUAGAAGGAAGCCAAAAGUCUCCUAGCGUCCAGCAGUGUUCUACCGCACACCAGCUCGCUCAGUUCUAUCAGCGCUUGGCGAAAGAUGAAUGUCGCGAUGGAGGACACAACUGCAGUAGGCUGGCACGCUGUGAGGACAAACUCAUCGGUUACAGGUGCAUCUGCAUGGAAGGAUACGCUGGAAAUGGAUACCAGUGUCAAGACGUUAAUGAAUGCCGCAUUGGAACCCACAAAUGCCACUCACACGCCAGUUGUACCAACACCAUCGGCAGCUAUAUUUGCAAGUGCCCACCCUGGUAUACAGGCGAUGGAUUCAACUGUGACGCUCCAGGAUGUAAUCCACCGGCAAAAGUCAUCUUCGGCCUUGGAUGCGUUAUGCCCGACACCAAGAAGAAAACUUGGGACCUGGCCAAGCAGAGUUGCCGCGACAAAGGAGCCAGGCUCAUAGAAGGAAUCACGCCCGAAAUGUUAAUUCCCUUGAAAAAGAACUUCCAUGAGGUUCUAGAAGGAUGGCUUGUGUGGAUCGGCGUGAAGAAUGGCAGAUGGCUUACUGGAAAAAUCCCAGUGACCCCACGAUCCCUUUGGCGCCAAGACGAACCUGACGGGGACAACCAGCAGUGUGGCUGGAUCACUCUCUGGCCAGUGACGCCUUACAUGGGAGACGCAUACUGUUCCAACGCUAGUCCCUCGCUGUGUCAAAGAAUCUAUUAGGACUAUUCUUGACAGGAAUCUACACUGGUUUAUAUUUGAUCACACGCGUUGGAUAUAUGUUGCAUUUCAUAUCAUUCAUUGUAUAUUUCAUUUUACAAAUGGUUUUGCAUUUUCUCAUUGUCACAUUUAUAUUUCUAGUUCUGUAGAAUAUAUUCCUAUGUAGGAGGAUGAUCGUUCUUUUAUACUUAUCUAUUUCUCUGUGUAAGCUUUAAUUUAAAGUCACGUUCAUUUCUUAAUUCUUAGAAUACUGCCGGAUUCAUAUAAUUAUUCUCUUUAAAAUCCUGUAAGCUAUUAUUUCUGCAAAGUGACACUUCUUCAACUUCGAUGGUCUUCUUGCCAAGAGCGAGUCAGAAAAAAUCACUUCAUUUAAUAAUGCCAAGGACUUGAAGGAAACUCUUUGUAAUUUCUAUAAAAGAUAAUUUUCACAAAGGUGAAUAUUGCUCUCUUAUCCUGCAGUAUCAUUGCACUGUGCACUUAGCUUGAUAUACCGAACUAGAAUUAAAGUUUACAUUCACUCUAAGUUCUUGUCAACAUCCAACAUUUUCUUUUUAAUACAAUCCUCACUACAACAUUCAGGCAAUGAUUUCAUCUUCAAUUUAAAAACUUCCUAUGCGAAGGGACAGACAAACGGCUCCCUCUGAGGGUGGAAGAGGAGUAGGAAUGACAGCAGUGGCAUUUACAGGACAUUGAAACAUUCAGGGCAAUUCAAACUCUGGAACACUGAGUUAUUAUGUGCUUUGUCGUUCGCUUUUCGCAACUUUUAAUCCCCACCAUCAAAGCAUGGUUGAAGAAAUAUGACUGAAGAAUGAAGUAACUUUAGCAAAAUGAGCUAAAAUAAUGUACAUCAAAACCAUUGCAUACAUAGUAAUGAUUCAUACUGCUUCAUACACAAAGAUUCUUUGUACUUUGGGAAAAAAAAAAAAAAAAGCCAACAGAUCCCCGGGAAAUGUAAAAAGGGACAUUAAAUGCGCUUGCUAAAUUUCUAGGCUUAGUAAAGGUCAUCUUCAGAAACUGCCCAAGCUCUCCGAAGAAAUGUAGCAGUUAUUUGUAAAGUUAAACAAUAACCUGAGUAACGAACAAAAAUUGAAAUACAAUCCUUGAUGACGUUCGGAAAAAUUGAAACUAUUUUCAUUGAAAGCUAAAUUUGUAGUCUUUCCAAGAGUUUCACAUCUUAUAAAAUCAGAUCAUUCAGCUGGUAGCAUGAAUAUUAGACACAUAGGUACACAUUAGGCGACUCAAAUUUAGUUCUGUAAGUGGUGGCCAAAGAUAGAUCCUGUUUAGGAAUCUCACCUAAGAUUUAGGCAAGAAAAUUGUUGGUAACUAUGCUGAUGACAACACCUGUAC